GACGCGCAUGCGCGCUGGUGUCUGUUUCCUGCUUUUUAAAUGAGUACCUGUGCUGCUUUUGACCCACCUCUGUCGACUGUGUGUGUGUGUGUGUCUGUUUGUGUGUGUGUGUGUGAGUGUGUGAGUGUGUGGAUAUAGGGGAUAUCUGCCGUUUUGGGUUGUUUUUUUUCCUCCCCCUAGCCCGCUCUCUCACCACCUCACGCUCACUCCCGUUAUUCCAGGACGCUGUAGGCGGUCUUCGUCUUUACCUGUCCGGUUUGCUCACCUGAGCGGACUCACCUGUCCCCGACGCCGAGGGGACUUUUCGUUCCUGUUCUGAUGCGGAGCCGGAGAGAAAAUCGGCUCGAGAAAAAGGUGUGUUAGGGGAGAAGAAAAAAACAAAGAACGAGAUAAAGCGGUCCGCGCCUUGCGAAACGAGACGGAAGGUGCAAGGAGAAAGGAGAACAGGGGACCGACACCUUCCACGUCUUUCCUCCAACUUUGGAGUUUCCUGCUUUUUCUAACUUGGCCGUUGACUCCGCGCCGCCAAAAGCUACUUCUCUGCAAACCCCCUCCAAGGACCUGGGCAUUAACGGAGCAUGCCGCGGGCCUUUUUGGUGAAAAAGGCGAAUGUUUCGCCGGGCAAGCGGAACUGGAGUGAACUCCCUGAUCAUGAACGAGGGGACGUCUACAUCCCAGUCUGCAUCUUCCCUCCGUCCGCCCUGAUGAUGGAGGCUGAAGCCAGCCCCGCCGAGAUGACACCGCUCUGCCUCACCAAACGCUCAGAGUCCGAGGCGCGGACCCACGCCGAGCUGCCGUCCAGCACAGUGCUGGGCCGGCCGCCGAGCCCCGCGGCCUCCCCGCAGGAGGUCAGGAGGAGGUCGCAGGGCGGCUCCACGUACGUCCGGUCCAAAAUCAAGGUAACUACAGGCGAGUUGCCCCGCGCUCCCUCUCCUCUUCCUCUCACUCUUCCUCCCAUUCCCAGCCCCCCAUCCUUAACCCCGCACGCCGGUGUGAUGCCGCUGGCCUUGACGACAGUCCCUGACCCCCUGGAGGCGGUCCCCGUGGUAACCAGAUCGACAGACCUCAGUCAGAGUUCGUUGACGGGGACGACAGGGGCGUUCGUGUGCCAGGUUUGCCAGAAGACGUUCCAGUACCAGCGGAUGUUAAACAGACACGUUAAGUGUCACAACGAGACCAAGAGACAUCUGUGCAGCUUCUGUGGCAAAGGCUUCAACGACACCUUUGACCUCAAGAGACACGUGCGCACACAUACAGGGGUCCGGCCGUACAAGUGCAACCUGUGCGACAAGGCCUUCACCCAGCGCUGCUCCCUGGAGUCCCACAUGAAGAAGAUCCACAGCGUCACCUUGAAGUACGCCUACAAGGAGCGACGCAACAAGCUGUACGUCUGCGAGGAGUGCGGUCAUACGGCGGGAACUCAGGACGAGCUGCUGAUCCACCUCCACUCGCUUCACCCCGACAGCCCCCUGCUGAAGGGGAAGGCUGCGAGGAGGGCGGGAGGAGGCGGAGCGGGGGCAGGCAAAGAGGGAGGGUCAGUCGGAGGCUCCACACCAGGUUCUCCCCAAGGGGCCGACAGCGAUGAUACCACCGGAUCAGCCGGGCAGUAGAGGGGAGGAAGGAGAGCCGGAGAGAUCGUCAAAAUAAGCUCAGUGGAGACGGAUGAAGGAUGGAUGGACGCAUUAGCUGACGGACAUGUAGGUAAAGUGAUACAAGACGGGUGGAUGACAAGUCGGAUUACACUGCAACAGGGAAAGUAAAAGUACUGUAUGUAUAUGUUUGUAUAUUUAUGAAUGUAUGUGUGUAUGGAUUUGGGCAUCAGUAUCCGACUAACGUUAAAUGACUUAAUGCAGCAGACCGGGCCAAGUCGGCCUUUUACUUUUGCAUUUAUACACGAGAUGUGGAUAACAUUUUUUACAUAUCUGACAAUACCAACAUAUCUUUCUGACUUUGUUUUGCAUGUGAAUAUUCCCAGUGGGCUUGUCUGUACAGAAAAAAAAAAAGGAAAAAAAAGAGUUUUUCUAUUAAAAAAACAAAAGCAUUAUAUUAAAGGGAG